UGUGCGUGUGACUGUGGUAGAGAAAGGUCCACUUACGACUUGCCCCUUCGCGGACACACAAUCUCAACUCGUCCUUUACAAAUUACAAUUUUAUUUUAUUUUGCCAAAACCAAACUACACUUUUGUCUCUUUCUCAUGUACGUUUGGUCUAUUUCUGGUCCAGGUGGGAAUUUCCCACUAUUACCACUAGUUUAAUAUCCAUUCCCACUUUCUAAAGCACUCAAACGAAUCUCUUUUUCUUUAUUAAGUAACAACAGAAGAAAAAAUAAAUUGGAAAAAUCAAACAAUUAGUACGUGUGGAUAUUUCAAUAUCUUCUGGGCGGCAUUUUGAUUAUUUCAACACAUUAAAAAGAAAAAACUCGAGACUUAUUAUUCUGGUGAACCACUCUCACCAAAGAUAUUUUGUAGCAAAAAAGGUUAAUGGAGGACACGUAGGGCCAAAGGAACAGACAGAUGGUGUGUGAUUAAGCAACUGCAUUCUCUCUCUCUUCCAUGUCCUAAACCUAUGUCUCCAUACAUACACAUUCUCUUCAAAACUCAUUUCUUCUUCCGAUCCCCCCUUCUUUAAAUAGCGUCUCUCUCCCUUCACUCAUAAAUACAUUGAUCAUAUAUAUGAAGAAGGAGAGGAAGAGACAAGUACCGGAGGAGAAGGAGGAGGAGAGGGAGAUGGAGGUGGAGGUGGUUGUGGUGGAUGCAUUGGCUGCAGCAGCAACGGUGGCUGCGGCUGCAGCGGUGGAGGAGGAGGAGGAAUUGUGGGGGAUGAGGCUUAAGGCGGGAGAUGAUGUGGUCGACGAGCUGAUGACGUGGAGCACCGUUUGGUUGCCUUCAUGUUGGGACGUGGAGUUCGUUGAGAAAAACUAUGGGGUUCUGUAUAAUGAUGUUGUGUGGGACGAUGAUCUUUGGAAUUUGAACCCUUCCACUCAGGAUAACAUAAGACAAAGCUGAAGUUGGGGAGAUUUUUAACGUUUUUCUAUCGGUUCGGUUUUAUAGGAUAUUUUGGUUAAUAGUAUGAACCAUAUUGCAGUCAAAAUAUUUUGUUUUGAUUUGGCACGGUUUCAUUUCAAGUUUUAUUAGUCUUUAUAUCAUGAUUUUUUCUUCGAAAAGCAUCCCUAAAUUGAGGAUUUUUUCUUCUUUUAAAAAAUCAAUUUGGUUUUGACUUUUUCUUUUUCUUGGUUUAGUAUAAAUUUUGGGGUUUCUCCGGUUAAAAAUAAAACUCAAUAAACCGAACUAAGUUUGUUUAUGGUGUAUGGAUCCUUUUCUUUCCUUCUUUUUCUUCUUAAUCGGUUGUAAACUCAACAUGAACUUAUCUUUGCCAGAGAUGAAUUUUGGUUAGGUUGGCUCUUAGAAAACGAGCAAAACCUUUAUAAACU